AGGAAAUGUUUGAAGAGAUAGUCAAGAAAUUCAAGGUUGAAUAUCACGCUGGAGGUGCCACUCAGAACUCUGUAAAAGUUGCACAGUGGAUGGUCCAGGAGCCGCACAAAGGGGCCAACUUCUUCGGCUGCAUUGGGAAGGAUAAGUUUGGGAAGAUCCUUAAGGAGAAGACAGAGGAGGCCCACGUGGAUGCCCACUACUACGAGCAGAGCGAAGAGCCCACGGGGACCUGUGCUGCCUGCAUCACUGGCGACAACAGGUCUCUUGUUGCGAAUCUUGCAGCCGCUAAUUGCUACAAGAAGGAGAAACACCUCGAUCUGGAGGAGAACUGGAAACUUGUUGAGAAAGCCCAAGUUUACUACAUCGCUUUUCAUUCAUCUGUAAAUCAGAUUAGCGUGAGGGAGUUUGUGUGGUAAAGCACUGAUUAAUGAUUCCUGCUGCUGACUCCCAGCGUGCCCGCUACCGAAGGGUGCAAUUGGACGAGAGGAGAGUUAAUAG